GUCUUAUGAUUCUCUUCUUCUGUUUGGCUUCUCCUCCGGUCUCCCAAAAUCUGAAGAAUUUAUUCAUUUAGCUGACUGACUGACUGUGUGCUUGUUCAAGGUUAUUAGGUUUACUUACAUGAUUAUGAAUUUGGUGGAUGCGGAUAUGCUCGACGAUGGUCACGGGCUCCACAACUCGUCGCUGCAAUGCUCGAUUUGUCUGGAUUCUGUGCUCGAUGAUGGAAAGAGAUCAUGGGCAAAGCUUCGAUGUGGCCAUCAAUUUCAUCUAGAUUGCAUUGGGUCAGCAUUCAAUGUUAAGAAUGCAAUGCAGUGUCCCAAUUGUCGGGAAAUCGAGACAGGUCAGUGGCUUUAUGCUAAUCAAGCAUUUCCGGAUCAUGGCAUUGAAGAUUGGCACAAUGAUGAUGAUUUAUUUGAUCAUGCCAUCUCCGAUAUGUCUUUUGGACUUCACUGGUGUCCUGUGGGAGGAUUGGCACGGCUUCAGGAAUCUUUGAACGAGAGGAUACAGUUGUCACCAACUACAUAUCCUAAUCUUGUUGGACCAGGUCUCAUGUAUACUGAUCAUGGAGCUGUAUCAUCUGCUACUCACCCAUACGUUACUUAUGUUGGACCCCUCCAUCCUUCUUCAUCAAAUCCAGGCAGAAGUACUGUGCCAGAUAAUGUUGGUUUGUUUGGUAAUUGGAGUGUCCCACCAGUUCACAGUGAGAUGCCCACUUCUUAUACUUUUCCUACCAUGGACAUUCAUUACCAGAGUUGGGAGCACCAUUCUUCUCCCUUCCCAAACAACAGCAACACCAGCCACAUAGCUGUCCCAGAUCAAUCAUCCAUUGCUUCUUUGAAUCAGAGGGCAGUUUGGACAAAUCAAGAUUUACAAAGACCAACAUCCUUUAUGAAUCCUCUCCUUGUGGGUCACAAUACUGCUACAGGUGGGACCAGCACCAUCACUCCUUCACCUAUUCCUCCUUAUCGAGGCAGUUUUGCUCGGACCCAAGACCGAGUCCAAGCACUGGAGACUUACUUUCAGCAGGGUAUCAGUACACAAACCAUUCAUCCAGCUUCUGUCAUCCCCGGCAUACCGAGGUCAAGUAGUAAUCAAAUAGAGACUUACUUUCAGCAGGGUAUCAGUACAACCAUUCAUCCUUCUGUCAUCCCCAGCAUACUGAGGCCGAGUAGUAAUCAAAUGGGCUCGUCUUCUUCAUCUCUAGUCCCUCCAAUGGCUGCAGCAUCAGCAGCAUCAUCUUCUUCUGAUCAGGCAGCUGGAUUCUACUACUUUCCCUCUGGCGGAAACUUCCAAGCUACGGCCGAUAAUCACCACCUGUCUGCAGCUCGUUUUGGAGGAGAAUGGGAGAGAGAGCAGGUGGUACCUCCUCCCACGUUGGGAGGAGGAGACUUUGUACUCGAAAGAGAACCGAGCAGGGUGCCAAUUAACUACUGGUCAGCUACUACUGGUGGUGGAACAUCCAAUGGCUUCUUCCAUCAGAGACAUGCAGGUUCUUAAUCUUUUCUUUAUCAGAAGAAGAAGAGAAUAUAUUUUGCAUUGCCCCCAACUUUAUAUUUGUCGCGCCAAUGGUUUGUGGCCCAACAUACUUGGCAGUCAUUAAAAAAAACUGUGGCAAUCAAUUAUAAUGGCCUGUUUCUGUUAGCUGAAACAGUUGUGCCUAAGCUCUCAGUACUUUUAAGCUAAACUUAAAAAAAAUGCUGAUUGUUGACUGUAAAUACAUUAUUUUUCUUUUGUUU